AUGGCCCUUGUGCCAGGGAACAGUGAGGAUGGGCCUUGGCUUAGAGAUAGCCCAGGCUCCUCCUGGCAUCCAGGAAGUCCUAGACUGACCGAUGCUGUCUGGAAAGACAGAGGAGAAAUUGGCAGGGUUGAAGAUCACCAGGAUGUUCAGGUUCUCUCUCAAAAGUUCCGCCUGCCCUCUAUUGUGGUGGAAGCCUCUGAGCCAGACGAAGAGAGUAGGGAUCUUCAGUGGCCGCAUGAGGAGUUGCUGCUGCUCACAGAUGGUGAGGAAGAAGAGGCUGAGGCCUUCUUCCAGGACCAAAGUGAAGAGCCAGGUGAGGGAGGUGGUUAAAUCAGUGGGGCUAUUGUACCUGGAUGUUCUGAGCAGGGCCAGGAUGGAAAAUUCAGUUGUAUGGGCCAAACCCUGUAGCAUAGUGAUUAAGGGAUACAUGAGAGACUGAGGUUCAAAUUGCAGCUCCAACAGCUUGAA